GUCCUCUGGAGCUGUUCGAAGCGUCGUCGAGGCCGAUUUCCACAAAACCCUUUUAUCAUCUACCCAGUGACGACUAGCAACCAUGGUUAACUUCACCGUAGAUCAAAUCCGUGCCCUUAUGGACAGGGCCACUAACAUUCGUAACAUGAGUGUUAUUGCCCAUGUCGAUCACGGAAAGUCCACCCUCACCGAUUCCUUGGUCUCAAAAGCCGGUAUCAUCGCCCAGGCAAAAGCUGGAGAAAUGCGGUUUACAGACACGCGUGACGAUGAGAAAGAGCGUGGAAUUACAAUCAAAUCGACUGCCAUUUCCAUGUAUUUCGAGCUCGACAAGGAGGACUUGCCUUUUAUCAAGCAAAAGACCGAGGGACACGAGUUCUUGAUCAACUUGAUCGACUCGCCUGGACACGUUGACUUCUCAUCCGAGGUUACUGCUGCCCUCCGUGUUACCGAUGGUGCCCUCGUCGUCGUCGACUGCGUUGAGGGUGUCUGCGUGCAAACCGAGACUGUCCUUCGUCAAGCUUUGACUGAGCGAAUCAAGCCCGUUGUCAUCAUCAACAAGGUCGACCGUGCCCUCCUCGAACUUCAGGUUUCCAAGGAAGACCUCUACCAAUCCUUCUCCCGUACCAUCGAGACCGUUAACGUCAUCAUCUCGACAUACCACGACGCCGUCCUUGGUGAUGUCCAGGUCUACCCCGACAAGGGUACCGUUGCCUUUGGUUCAGGUCUCCACGGAUGGGCCUUCACUCUCCGCCAAUUCGCCAACCGAUACUCAAAGAAGUUCGGUGUCGACAAGGAGAAGAUGAUGCUUAAGCUCUGGGGUGACAACUACUUCAACCCCGCCACCCGCAAGUGGACCACCAGCGGCACCACCGCCGACGGCAAGUCAUUGGAGCGUGCCUUCAACAUGUUCGUCCUCGACCCCAUCUUCAAGAUCUUCGACGCCAUCAUGAACUUCAAGAAGGACACUGUCAUGGGCAUGCUCGAGAAGCUCGACGUUAAGCUCGCUCCUGAAGAGCGUGAUCAGGAGGGCAAGGCUCUCCUCAAGACUGUCAUGCGACGAUUCCUUCCCGCCGGCGACUCCCUCUUGGAGAUGAUUGUCAUCAACCUUCCUUCCCCUGCCACUGCUCAACGCUACCGUGUUGAGACUCUUUACGAGGGUCCCAUGGAUGACGAGUGCGCCAUUGGUAUCCGUGACUGCGACGCCAGCGGUCCCCUCGUCCUCUAUGUCUCCAAGAUGGUGCCCACCUCCGAUAAGGGUCGCUUCUAUGCCUUCGGUCGUGUCUUCUCCGGCACCGUCAGGUCUGGCCCCAAGAUUCGUAUUCAGGGCCCCAACUAUGUCCCCGGAAAGAAGGAUGACUUGUUCAUCAAGUCCAUUCAGCGAACCGUCCUCAUGAUGGGUCGUUACAUCGAGCCCAUCGAGGACUGCCCUGCCGGCAACAUCGUCGGUCUCGUCGGUAUCGAUCAGUUCUUGCUCAAGAGCGGUACUUUGACCACUUCCGAGACUGCCCACAACAUGAGGGUCAUGCGAUUCUCCGUCUCCCCUGUCGUCCAAGUCGCUGUCGAGGUCAAGAACGCCGCCGAUCUCCCCAAGCUCGUCGAAGGUCUCAAGCGUCUCUCCAAGUCCGAUCCUUGUGUCCAGGCUUGGAUUUCGGAAACCGGCGAGCACAUUGUUGCCGGUGCUGGUGAGCUUCACUUGGAAAUUUGCUUGAAGGAUCUCCAAGAGGACCACGCUGGUGUCCCCCUUAAGAUCUCCGACCCCGUCGUUCCCUACCGUGAGACCGUCAAGGCCGAGUCCAGCAUCGUCGCCUUGUCCAAGUCGCAGAACAAGCACAACCGUAUCUUCGUCAAGGCCAUGCCCAUCGAUGAAGAACUCACCAAAGCCAUCGAGAACGGUACCGUCAACGCCCGUGAAGAUUACAAGGUCCGGGCCCGUAUCCUCGCCGACGACUAUGGAUGGGAUGUCACCGAUGCCAGAAAGAUCUGGUGCUUCGGUCCCGAUACCACUGGCCCCAACUUGCUUGUCGAUGUCACCAAGGGAGUUCAGUACCUCAACGAAAUCAAGGAUUCUUGCGUCGCUGCCUUCCAGUGGGCCACCAAGGAGGGUGUUACUUGCGAAGAGAACAUGCGUGGUGUCCGUGUCAACGUUCUCGACGUUACUCUCCACACUGAUGCCAUCCAUCGUGGAGGUGGACAGAUCAUUCCUACCAUGAGGCGUGCUACCUACGCUGCCUGCUUGCUCGCCACCCCUGGUCUCCAGGAGCCCGUCUACCUUGUCGAAAUCCAGUGCCCUGAGAACGCAAUUGGCGGUAUCUACUCGUGUCUCAACAAGCGACGUGGACAGGUCUUCAGCGAGGAACAGCGCCCCGGAACUCCCAUGUUCACGGUCAAGGCCUACCUCCCCGUCGCCGAGUCCUUCGGCUUCAACGGAGAGCUCCGCUCGCACACCGCUGGCCAAGCCUUCCCUCAAUCCGUGUUCGACCACUGGGAGCUCAUGAACGGCUCUCCUCUCGAAAAGGGCAGCAAGAUGGAGGAACUCGUCACGAAGAUCCGUACUCGCAAGGGUCUCAAGCCUGAGAUUCCUCCCCUUGACACCUACUACGACAAGCUCUAAGUAGUUGUACAUCGUAUCGCAUUUUUUCUCUAGGAUUUCAUAGACCGAAACGUUGUUGUAUAUCAUCUGUACUUUUUUCUGUCAUCAUCAUCAAUCAAAAGCGUUACUGGUCACCCAAAA